UAAAAUAAUUAUCAAAAUUGAGCGCUUUCUUUCUUUCAUAUUUCGGAUCAUUUUCUUAUUUCCUCUCUUAAAGGUCCCAUAUUAUGCUCAUUUUCAGGUUCAUACUUGUAUCUUGUGUUUCUGAAUACGUGCUGUGUGCGUUUCCCUGUGGAUUGAGUGUUUCGAUACUUUCACAGUAAUUAUAUAGGACUUAAACCUGCUUUAUAAUAAAAAAAAACAUGAAAAUCUCACUUUUUAAUAAUAUGGGACCUUUAAAUUCAGACAGACGAACAUAUUGCUUGUUCUUCAUAGGUGCAUGUUGUACCGUUGAGCUCACUGGGUGACAGUCAGCCCCUACAGACAGACAGACUUGUGGACCCACGUUUUAACACUGAGGAGGACUUGAACUCAACUCUAAAGUUGGACACAAAACUUUCACCACAGUAGUUUCGCCUUCUCUCUAAAAAAAACCCAAAGGACCAGUCCGUAUGUCUCUGAGUUGUAACUUAUAUUUUCAAACCUCUUCAACAUCUGUUCAGUGAGUGAGAGAGGCAGAGUGAGAGAUGGAGCAUCUGUUCCCAAACGCGUCGCGCAGCGUCACUGCUGCUCUCCAAAGCACCGCACGGACGAUGUGGUUCACCGGCGUGGUCAUCGCUUCGGUUUACGGUGUCAUCAGCGUCUUGGGGCUAAUUGGCAACAUCACGCUCAUCAAGACUUUUUGCUCUGCCAAAUCCAUCCGCAAUGUGCCCAAUCUGUUCAUGUCCAGCCUGGCUCUGGGUGAUGUUUUGCUGCUGGUGACCUGCGCUCCGGUGGACGCCAGCAGGUACCUGUCAGAGGAGUGGCUGUUCGGCAGACUGGGCUGUAAAGUCAUCCCCUUCAUCCAGCUCACCUCGGUCGGGGUGUCUGUGUUCACUCUCACAGCCCUCUCUGCUGACAGGUACAGGGCCAUCGUGAAGCCCCUGGACAUCCAAACAUCAAACACCACUACCAGCAUUGUCCUGCGGGCGGCGCUCAUCUGGCUCUUCUCCCUGGUCCUGGCGGUCCCCGAGGCCAUCUUCUCUGACCUCCACACCUUCAACGACACCUCCAAUAAUGAGAGCUUCGUCACCUGCGCCCCUUAUCCCCAUGCUGGGGAACUGCACCCUAAAAUCCACUCCACGGCCUCCUUCCUCAUUUUCUAUGUCAUUCCCCUGCUGGUCAUAUCCAUGUACUACACCUUCAUCGCCCGGAGCCUGAUGAGGAGCGCCUUAAACCUGCCAGUGGAGGGGAACGUGCAUGCAAGACGACAGGUUGAAUCAAGAAAGCGCUUGGCCAAGACGGUGCUGGUGUUCGUUGGUCUCUUUGCAGUGUGCUGGCUUCCCUGUCACAUCAUCUACUUAUACCGCUCCUAUCACUACUCUCAGGUGGACACUUCCCUGGUUCACUUUGUGUGCAGCGUCGUAGCUCGUAUCCUGGCCUUCACCAACUCCUGCCUCAACCCCUUCGCCCUCUACCUGCUGAGCGACACCUUCCAGAAGCAGUUCAACCAGCAGCUGUGUUGUUGCUGUCGUAUGAUCCUCAAACGCUCCCCGCAGAGCCCGACUCAUUAUAACACACAUGUGACAUCGGUCCGCAGCACGCAUCAGUCUAUCGCGAGUCUGAGCAUGAUCAAUGGCAAGCGGUCCUGUCAGGAGGAUUGUGUGUGAGGGACACGUGUUUGUCUGUGUGUGUGUGUGUGUGUGUGUGUGUGUGUGUUUGUGUGUGUGCAUUCUUUGCUUUUUUGCUAUGUUCACAAAAGAUUUUGAUCAUACGAACCUUGCAUAAAGAUAUAUAGUUGAAUUAUUGUACCUAAAACGGGUACUCCAGUGUUUAAAUAUUGCACUUACAUAAAGUUUAGGGACUUGAGAAAGACAUUAUUAUUAUUAUUAUUAUUAUUAUUAUUAUUAUUAUUAUUAUAAGAAGAAGAAAGGUCAUCAAACCAGUAGAGUAUUAUUAUGGGUCAAACUCUAAAAACACUGGAUCCUACAUUGUCCAACCCUGUCUCCCUGAGAACUACGGUGGCCG